AUGAGGAAGGUUGACAGACCACUGUUCAUUCUUGCUGCUGCGUUCAAAAGCUUGCGAGUAGCUCUGAAACAGGCAGCGAGGCCGCUGUCGCCCGACGUGGCCCCGGCUCGGUCAGCGCGCGCUGCCGCUCCUGGCUUUUCCUCGGGGAGCAAGCCUGUAAGGCGCAAGACCAACAACAAAAUCAUUGCAACAUCUGGUGGAACUGGCCGCUCUCCCCUCAGCAUCAUACAAGAUGAUAAUUCCCCCAGUGCUUCUGCCCCUCGCCAGGGUAAGAGACAUGUGUUGGGAGAGAACCUUGGGGAGAAGGAAAUGACAGUGGAUCUGAGCAGGAACCUCAAAACUGGGAACUGUGCUUGGAAUGACUUGAACAAAGAGAACCAACAGUGUCCUUUUGUGGAUAACUAGAGGUUUCCUUUUCCAGGAUCUUGCUGUAACUUGCUUCUAUGUUUUGAGAGCCUUCUAGGUGUGAGAAAUCCUGCAAUAGACUGAAAUUCCAGACUUGUGGUCAUUCUUCUCACUUAACUGUUUUGGGGAAAGAGCUCUUGCUCUCUCUUCCCCCCCCAGCUUGCAUGCCUUAUGUAUAGUACAGACUUUGGUUCUUCUAUUAUAUAUAAGCUGUAUUGACUUAUUGUAGAGUUAUCUAUGGCAAAUAAAUUUGUAUUAAACACUUGCUGACUGUAUGUCCUAAUAAGACAAUAGGAGUCUCCUGCUUGCCCAGUGCAAUGUUUUCUUUGAGGACAAAGAUUCAGGAAGAAAUAGUUCAGUUUUUCAUUAGCUCUAAAACUCACCCCUGUACCUACCAUGUCACCGUAGAGCUGUGCUGAGAAAGGUCUGACCUUGAACUCAUGUACUAUAGAGUGGGCUGGGAAGCUGCAGCUCUGCAGGAGACUGAUGUAUCUAGUGUCACUUCUGGAGUUCUACUGUCCUGAAACUAAACAGAUGAAGUGCUGUAGCCUGUUGCAAGAGUCUGGCAUGAGGGUGGGAUCCAAAAUAGGAUGAGAUGGUAUUAUCUUGACCUUUUGAUAAGUCACUACACCUUAUUGACCUUCAACUCUCCCUAGCAGAGUAUUGGGCCCUCAGGAUGUUGCUUUGAGCUCGGAAGUGGAGUAGGGGCUGAACAUAAUGGCUGUGUCCUGUAAUUGAGCUCAAAUAUCCAAGGUUUGCAAGGAUGUGUUUUCAGUGCUCUAUCCCAACUACAGCAGCAAGUCUCAGCAGCAAGCCUUGGGACUAACAGCCUCUUCUCAACUAAAGAAUAGGUGAGGAACACCCUCCCCUGGGGUCUUUGAUGUAGAACGAGGCCUGUGG